CUACUUGUGUACAAGAUUUGUUUUGCUUUUCCUUCCUUUCUGCUCCCAUGGCCAUUUCAUAUAAUAAUGCAUUUCUAGUGAAUUGCUCCAUUCACAAAAGACCCCUGUAUGUCUCAAACAAUAAUUUUGGUGACUACAUCAUUCCACUUUUCUCUGCUUUCAAGCCAAUGAUCAUGAAAGCUAUGCCUGAAGUCUUCUUGCAAAUUGAUGUUCCAAAAACUAUGAAAAACAGUGCGGCUAAAUUAGUUGAUGCUUUUGUGGAUUCAUUCUUUGAAUUCAUUGACAAGCCUUUGCUUCCAUCUCAGAGUAACUAUGCUCCGGUGGAGGAGUUGGAGGAAGCCAUAGUUAUGAGCAGCAUCCAAGGACACAUUCCAGAUGGUUUUCCCGAGGGUGUAUACAUUAGAAAUGGCCCAAAUCCACUAUUUGGAGGACUGAAAUCAACAAAUUCUGUUUUUGGGAGGUCAAGUCACAUUUGGGUGGAAGGAGAAGGAAUGCUUCAUGCCUUGUAUUUUAAGAAAUCAAGUCAUGGGAAUUGGACUGUCCUCUACAACAACAAGCAUGUUGAGACAGAAACAUACAAGCUUGAAAAACAAAGAAACAAACCAUCGUUUCUUCCAGCAAUUGAAGGCGAUUCGCCAGCCAUUUUAUUCGCCUAUCUCCUAAAUUGGUUGCGAUUUGGCAAAGCAAACAAAUACAUUAGCAACACAAAUAUCAUUGAGCAUUCAGGGAAGUUUUACUCUGUUGCUGAAAGUCACAUCCCACAAGAGAUUGAUAUCUUCACUCUGAAAGCUUCAAACAAUUGGGAUGUCAAUGGAGCCUGGAACCGACCUUUUACAAGCCAUCCAAAGAAAGUUCCAGGUACAGGGGAACUAGUUACAUUUGGGGUGGCACCAACUAAACCUUUUGCUGUUGUUGGAAUUAUUUCUGCUGAUGGGAAAAAUUUAAUUCAUAAAGUUGAUCUCAAACUAAACAGGUGCAGCCUUUGCCAUGACAUAGGUGUUACAGAGAGGUACAUUGUGAUCAUGGAUUUUCCACUAACCAUUGAUCUAAACAGACUUCUUAGAGGAGGCUCAUUAAUAAAGUAUACUAAGGAGGAUAUUGCAAGGAUUGGGGUAAUGCCACGCUAUGGAAAUGCCAACUCAAUCAAAUGGUUUAAGGUGGAGCCUAAUUGCACAUUCCACAUAAUCAAUUCUUUUGAGGAUGGUCAUGAGGUUGUAGUGAGGGGAUGCAGAGCUCUUGAUUCAAUUAUUCCUGAACGUGACCCAAAUUUGAAGGAAUUUGAGUGGUUAUCUCGUUGUUAUGAAUGGAGAUUGAAUAUGCAAACUGGGGAGGUUAAGGAGAAAGAUCUUUGUGGAACAACAAAAGUUUAUAUGGAUUUUCCUAUGAUCAAUGAAAACUUCAUAGGUAUUAAGAAUAGAUAUGCAUACACACAAGUAGUUGAUCCCUCAUCAAGUACUACUCGAGAUGCACCAAAAUAUGGAGGUUUAGCAAAGCUCUACUUUGGAGAAUCAUGUGCAAAGUUCUCAACGAGGGACACAAAGCAACCUGAAGAACCAAUAAAAGUUGAAUACCACAUGUUUGAGAAGAAUGUAUUUUGUAGUGGGGCAGCAUUUGUGCCUAAAGAUGGGGGUGUUGAAGAAGAUGAUGGUUGGGUCAUCACUUUUGUUCACAAUGAAGAUACCAACACAUCUGAAGUUCGUGUAAUUGACACGAAGAAGUUUUCUAGUGAGCCAGUCGCCAAAAUCACAUUGCCUUGUAGAGUUCCAUAUGGGUUUCAUGGAGCUUUCAUGUCAAUCUCAUUCAAGGCUCAAUAGGCUGUCCCAACAAUCGAAUCGCGGUAAAUCAUUAGUUAUCGAUGUAACUAUAGUUGUCAGUAAAUGAUCUGUUUCUUGCUGUGUGUGCGGAAUGGUCCUAUCGUUAGCUGAUUGUGAUAAAGGAGGAUGUGGUUGACGUUGAUAAACUUGAUGUAGAAGUGUAAAGUAAUUUAUCGUAUUUGAAAUAUACAAUUAUAGGAUUUUUGUUGUUGUCAA